CACGCGCACACUCCGGAGCAGGGCAGUGAGCUGGUGCGUGCUUUGUGUCCAGACCGCGCGUGAGCGCUUUCUCCAGACAGAUCUGAGGAAAUUACCCCGGGGUCAGGAGCUUCUCGUGGACUCUAGCUCUGACAGACUUCUUUUCGCAGUCCACGAGGAGACAACGUAAUGCUUUCGCAAAUGUGAACGGGAAGUGAAGUGUGUGUGUAGCGAUUUUGGGGAGAGAGUGGACACGUAGAGAGAGAGAGAGAGAGAGAGAGAGAGAUAUGGGCAAAUCCAACAGCAAACUCAAGCCAGAGGUGGUGGAGGAGCUAACCAGGAAAACCUACUUCACUGAAAAAGAAGUUCAGCAGUGGUAUAAGGGUUUCAUUAAGGACUGUCCCAGUGGGCAGCUGGACUCAGCUGGCUUUCAGAAAAUCUACAAGCAGUUUUUUCCCUUCGGGGACCCCACCAAGUUUGCUACAUUUGUCUUUAACGUCUUUGAUGAGAACAAGGAUGGACGUAUUGAAUUCUCAGAGUUCAUCCAAGCACUUUCUGUCACCUCCAGAGGAACACUAGAUGAAAAACUUAGAUGGGCCUUUAAACUAUAUGACCUUGACAAUGAUGGCUACAUAACACGAGAUGAGAUGCUGAACAUUGUGGAUGCCAUCUACCAGAUGGUGGGAAACACAGUGGAGCUACCAGAAGAAGAAAACACACCAGAGAAAAGAGUGGAUCGCAUUUUCGCUAUGAUGGACAAGAAUGCAGAUGGCAUGUUGACACUACAGGAGUUCCAAGAGGGCUCCAAGGCAGAUCCUUCCAUUGUACAGGCACUGUCACUCUAUGAUGGCCUUGUGUAGCCAGACUUCAACAUGGCACACAGCCACCCGACAAUCCAUUUUUGCCAUCCUGCUUGCUCUGUGAGAGAAGCUGAUGUGUUCCUUGCUUUCCCACACUUGCUUGGACCAUGUACCGCAUUGUGAGGGAUGCUUGUGGAUACAGCUCAGCUGUCAAUUAUUCAUCUGCAUAGUCAAAGAAAUAUACAGGUCAAGAUCACAGAUUGUGCCAUCUUCUGCAGAAUUAUUCUCAAGAUUCUUAUGAAUACGAUGAAUUAAGUCAUUUCCUUUCAAGGAGAGAGAAGCACCCAUGCAUGAGCAGUGCACAUAUAAAAAUCAGUAUAUUACUGAAAACCAGUAGACCCGGCCAUUUUAUUUUGUUCAUUGGAGGAAGAUGAAGACAUUCAGACCCAUCAAACUCUUGAGGGGCCUCCAAACAGGACAACAUGUUCCAUCUAAAUAUAUAAUAAAUGAAUACAACUGUAAACUGUGUUACUGAAUUGUAGAUUAUGGACAAUGACAUGAAGGCUGUGAUUCACUGGACCUGAUAGGCCAGUCUUUUUGAAGAUCAAGUGAAAAUGUAUUAUACUUGGUUUCAUGUAUGCAGACAUCCAGUAUUUAAUGACCUAUUUAUUGUUUUCAACUGAUCACAUCUGUGGUGUAAAUUACUGCUGCAACCUGUGCUGCUCUUGUGAUGCUUCUGUGAUCAAACUGAGGCGUGUGACUUGCAUUAAACACUGAUAUGCUGAUGUAUUGCUUCUCUAGCUAAACCUAACAUAUUAUGGACCUAGAAAGGUGACAGAGGGAAUAUUGUUAAACUUUGGCUUAUAGGAAAUGUUACAUUGUUGUCUGUUUAUUUGACUAAGAUAAUUUAAUCCAUUUCAUUCCACUAUUCCAACACUUUACUUGCUUUACAGAAAUCUUUGACCAAAAGAGUCUAAUCUAACAAGCUACUUUUAAAAGCUAGGAAAAAGAUUGGUUAAUUGGCUGAUUUUUGAGUGUUUACAUCACACUUACAUGAGGUCAUUUCACAGCGUGGAAAUGGCACACCAGGACGGCAGCCAGAAGCUUCACAUCCCUCUAUAUAGAACGACAUUCAUGAGCUAUUAAGGUCCAUAAUAUAUUUAUCUAUGGUACUAACAGAUCUGAAAUCAAAACAGUACUUUGUACAAUAGGACAGUAUUUCAAUAUGCAGCACAUUGUACAGCAUGAAAUUGUAAAGUAUGUAUUUAUUCCCUGUUUGUCUAUACAAACUGCUGACUUUUCGGUUAUUGUGGCAGGAAACAGUUCAAGUCUCAGUAUUUAAAUGUAGUGGCACUCGAACUGUAUUAUGUAAAAAUACAUUUUAUACCCUGUAGUCUUUGACAUGGGAAAACUCAAUUAAGGCUGUUGAGGACUAUCUUAUUGUAAGUUUUGAGGGUACAAUAAAAUAUGAAUAUAAAAGACAUCCCAGGCAGCUUUUUAAGCAUAACACAACCCAUCUUGGUCUCCUUAGAGAAGUGGCUAGGAAUUCUGCCUGUUCCUUUCAAGAACUCAGCACUGUAAAUUGUAUUGCUGACACAGUCAAUCUUGUGAAUACACACACAUCAUACAGUAUGUAGUGACAUGUUACUGGAGUUCCUAAAUAAAUCCAAAUGGUUUUAAAACAGAACUCUGGGUCUUUUACAGAGGGCGCUAAACUGAGAUUAAUAAAGCUUUCCCCAUGAUUAGCAAGCUGUCUUGAAACGUGAUGUAGUUAUCAGUACGGGUCAGACUUAUACAGCAAUCUAGUGACAAAAGAUAAAAAAAUAAAACAAAACACAGAUUGUCAUGUUUUCUCAGACAACUGCAUUGCUACGCUCCUUCCACUGACUUCCUGUAGCUGCUCUCACCAGAUAUAAAACACUGAUGCUUGUCUACAAAGCCCAAAUCGGUCAGAGUACCCACAUACCUCAAAGCACUUAUCAUGCACUGCACUGCACCACGAACCUGCCAAUCCUUCAGCACUGCUCGACUGAUCCCACAAUCACUCUGAGUACAAGGAAGGCCUGCAUCUAGACUCUUCUUAGCACUUUAAUUUAAAAAGUGUUAUCUGUGUGCUUUUUUUAAACUAUGUUACUUUCCAGCUGAGUUUUUUUUUAGACUGGUGGUCUUCUUAGACUGAACUACUGAACCAGUAUCAGGAUCCAUUUAUUGAUAGACACUUCAAAAGCACUUCUAUAAUUUGCUCUGGAUAAGAAAGUCUGCAAAAUGCCAUAAAUGUAAUUAUAAAGUAAAUGUCAUUUAUCAUGCCAAGAAGCUGAAAAGUCUUCUGUCCUAAGAGAGAAAAACACACUGACUUACAAAGCACUGACACCUGAGACUAAAUUCCACAAAUGUUAAACAAGCAUCUCCUUAUAGAAAGCUUUACCUUUAUUAAUGAUUAUAUGUUUGUUAGGUAACAUGCUUUUUCAUGUGCUUGUUUUUGAGUCUACCCAUAGAGGGAAUGAAUGAUUACUCCUUUCACAGACAAUAAAAACUAUAAUGUAUUAGAAUGAGCACAUUAUUAUAAACCGUUAUAUUACUAUCAAAGAAAAGUAACUCUUUUUACCAAAGGCCAAUAAACAGGCCUGUUUUGGGAAUUCCUGUUCACAGUAGUGGUUAAUGGCUCAUGUGAAAGUCAAGUCUUUUACGAAUUUGCAGUUUUUGAUAAGUAUUUUUUUUUCUACUUAAGCCUUACAUACUAGGCCUAAAUGUUACAAUUAUUUGGGGAAGUUGUAUACAGUGUUUUACUAUCAAAAAUGCUUUGCUUGUGCUGAUACUCCGUUGUGUUUUAUCUCUGUACAAGUGUUAUUGAGGAAAGGUGUGAAAUGUUUGCCCAGCAGUGGGCUCACACCCCUCCCCUUUCCCAUCACCCUGCUCAUCAGCAGCUAAACACAGAGUCACAAUACUCUACACACAGAAACCCAGCAGUACUCGGGACAAUAAAAUAUUUCAUUUGUUUAUAUUGAUCAUUCCUGAUUAGUUGAUCAAUGCCAGUGUACUGUGAGGAAGAGGGUUAAUCAAGACCUUCUGACCAGUCAGAAUUAAAUAGUGCUAUGGUACUACUGUACUACUGGUUUAAGCUACUUCAUAUAAAAGUGUAUACUGUAACAUUUGGAAAGUUAGAAGUUAUUGAAACUGGCUGUUCAGUGAUGUCUCAAUCUUCUGGUAAAGCAUGACAGCACUGCCUACAAAACUCUGAUCAUACCCAUGGGACUAAUUUGCCCAAAGUUUAAUAGAGUGAACAGAAUAUGCAAUUAGUCACACUUCCCAUUUCACCAUCUUUUUUUUGCAUUUUUGAACGAUCCUCCUACAAAUGCAUAUGGUUGAGGAAGAGAAUUAUAAUUAUGCCUGAAAUAGCUGCAGACAGCUUAGUACAUCUGGUCCUGUGUUGUUUCUCAGAUUAACAAGACACUGCAUGUUAUUUUUUUUCUCUAACGGUUCUUGUUCUUUGUUAAAUGCUUUCCUUUUAUAAAUGAAAAACAGAAA